AAACAAAAAAGGCGGAUCGAAAUUGGCGCCCCUUUUUUCUUCUUCUCCUCUUUCUCUCUCUUCCUCCUCCGUUCUUCCCUUCUCUCUCUCGCUCUGGCUUUCUUCAUGAAAAGUUAUAAACAGGGAGGAAAAUUGAAAAAGAAAGCCUUCUGCCUUUCUUCUUUUAAAUAUUUUCCUGUUUUGAAUUGCUCUGUAAUCGGUUAUUUCUUUUAAUUUAUACUAAUUUAGCGCGCCAUGUCAAUGCGGAGGCGUACCUUGCUCAAGGUGAUCGUUCUCGGCGACAGCGGGGUUGGCAAGACGUCUUUGAUGAAUCAAUAUGUGCAUAAGAAGUUUAGUCAGCAGUAUAAAGCUACAAUUGGUGCUGAUUUUGUGACCAAAGAACUCCAAAUUGAUGACAGGCUCGUCACCCUGCAAAUAUGGGACACAGCUGGGCAAGAGAGAUUUCAGAGUCUUGGAGUUGCGUUCUAUAGAGGGGCAGAUUGCUGCGUUCUGGUUUAUGAUGUUAAUGUGAUGAGAUCUUUUGACACUCUUGAUAACUGGCACGAAGAAUUUCUUAAACAGGCAAACCCACCUGAUCCCAAGACGUUUCCAUUUAUAUUGCUGGGAAACAAGAUUGACAUUGAUGGGGGAAACAGUCGAGUGGUUUCUGAGAAGAAAGCAAAGGAGUGGUGUGCUUCGAAAGGAAACAUACCUUACUUUGAGACAUCAGCAAAAGAGGAUUAUAAUGUUGAUCCUGCAUUCCUGUGUAUUGCGAAAACUGCUCUAGCCAAUGAGCAUGAACAAGACAUAUACUUCCAAGGCAUCCCCGAGGCCGUCUCCGAGAGCGAGCAAAGAGGUGGCUGUGCAUGUUGAAUUGGGACCAACUGAUUUGGCAGACUGGGCUUUGGUACCUGUGUUGGCCUAAUUCAUCCCCUUUUUUUUUUUGGGUGGACCCUUGUGAUCUUCCUUUUAUUAUUAUUUUUUAAUUUUAUUUUCUGAUUACAGACUGUAUGCUAAGCUCCCCAAUUGAAAAAUUGCUCGACGUUAAUUAAAUUGCCAUUUUGAGAAGGUAGUAUUAUUUUUGGUGAGAUGAAUUGUGAGUUCGAAGUUCAAAGUAGUAGAAUCUCAUGUUGGAUUGAUUCACCCUUAGCUGUUGUUUUAAGGAAUUGGAUGCUUUGGAAACUAACCGCUACUUGGGUUAUUUAUUUAUAUUUUUAA